GUCUCCUCUUUCACACCUUUCAGUCUCAGAAAAUUUUUAAAAAUAAAACGUGGGUGCGGAAGAAUUUAGGGUUUAACAUCACCAAGUCCAGCAAGGUCUGUUAUUUUUUUGGGGGAAAGGGGAAUGAAAUCCUUGUUUGAGUGUUUGGGUGAUCUGAAAAUUGAAUUUUGAGUGGCGGGUCUUCUUUUUAGUGUUUAAAAAGAUCUAAUUUGAGCUUGGGGAAUUAUUUUUUGGUGGUAAUAUGGAGGAGGUUGAAGAAGCUAACAAGGCAGCAGUAGAGAGCUGCCAUAGAGUUUUGAGUAUUUUGUCUCAGCCUCAAGAUCAAGUUCAUUACAGGAAUUUAAUGUCUGAAACUGGGGAAGCUGUUUUUAGGUUCAAAAGAGUAGCUUCUCUUUUAAAUUCUGGUUUGGGACAUGCAAGAGUGAGGAAGCAGAGGAAAUUACAAACCCCUUUUCCUCAUAGCAUCCUGUUGGACAAUCAACACCACAAGCCACCAGAUUAUCCAUCCAAGGAUUUGCAACUCGGUUUCCAUGAAAACUCAGCUCAAGAAGUGAGUUCACAUGCCAAGAGUUCUCUGUAUUUUGGAAACCCAUCUUUGGAACUGAGUUCAAAUGGCAAAAUCCCUCUUCAUCUCGCCCAACAGGCACCAUCCGGCCACUAUAAUUUCCUCCUCCAACAACAACAACAACAACAACAGUUGCAACAAAGGUUACAACUCCAACAGCAACAGCAAAUGAAACUUCAAGCUGAAAUGUUGUUUAGGAAGAGUAACAGUGGGAUUAACUUGAACUUUGAUAGCUCUAGCUGCACACCUACCAUGUCCUCAACUAGGUCUUUCAUCUCUUCCCUUAGUAUCGAUGGAAGUGCAGCUAAUUUCGACAAUGGGAACGCCUUCCAUUUGAUCGGGGCACCUCGAGCCUCGGAUCAGGGAUCUCAGCACAAGAAGAAGUGCUCGGGCAAGGGAGAUGAUGGAAGAAUCAAAUGUGGAAGUAGUGGUAAAUGCCAUUGCUCAAAAAAGAGGAAGCAUAGAGUAAAGAGAUCAAUCAAGGUGCCUGCUAUCAGUAACAAGCUUGCUGAUAUUCCUCCUGAUGAUUAUUCGUGGAGGAAAUACGGACAGAAGCCGAUCAAGGGUUCUCCUCACCCUAGGGGAUAUUAUAAGUGCAGCAGUAUGAGAGGUUGCCCAGCAAGGAAGCAUGUGGAGAGGUGCUUGGAGGAGUCGUCGAUGCUUAUUGUUACCUAUGAAGGUGAGCAUAACCACCCAAAGUUACCAUCCCAAACGAUGACCUAGUCUUGGUGGAAACUCUGCUAAAGAAUUCUUCAUGUCUUCAAUGUUCAAUCAACUAUGGUCGGCUCGACUUGGUCAUGUACAUAAUUUUUUUGCAUGGUGCAAGCUUGGGAUAUAUCUGAACAGUUCUUUUUAACAAUUUAGAAGCAGUCAUGGAGCCUAGUGCUGAACCAAACGUGGGGUUUAAAGUGUAAAGAACUGUUUCAUCUUCCAUGGCAAUGAAAAGCUUGAUAAAGGGUUGAA